AUUGGUUAUGGAUAAGAAGUCAUUUUGGUUUUUGUGGAUAGCAUUUUUGGCAACUGUUUCAGCUAACCCAGCUGUGUUAUUAGAGGACAACGCUUUGGCAGAAAGUGGAAGGAAAUCCACAGUAUCCGGCUUUGAGUUGAAGGGAGAGGAUGUAGCACCGAACUUUGGGUUAUUUGAAAGCAGCUGUCCGGGAAGAUUCGGAUUCUCGAUAGCAACUGAUAGUUCAGAGAAGAACAAAAGUGGCUUGGUUGCCAUCGGUGUACCGGGGAGGGACGCCGUUCUUAUAUUGGAACCCAAAGGUGACACCUCCCAAGGAAGAGUCUUCGCAAACAAUUGGAUUGUGGACGUCGACUUGCACUCAGAAGAGACAAGAAGCUGUUAUCAGCAGAAGGAACACUUUGGCACAGCUGUCGCACUAUGGGGUAAUUGGAUAGCAAUAUCUAGUGUUGUAAAGGGCAGAAUUGAUAUAUACGAGAAAUCAAGAGACGGAACGAGAUGGGAUAACAAGGGACAUAUCGAUGGAACUAUAAUUGAAGGCUGGAAUGAAGAUUCAGAGUAUGGAAAAAGACUUAUAUGGUUCUGUAAAGAAGACAAUCUCUUUUUAUUGAUAUCAGCACCCAAAUGGUAUUGUCCAAUUCGCCACACAUUUUUUAGAUGGUUAUUUGGUAGGUCUUAUGCAAGACAUCACUGUGGCUGCGUGUUUAUGUACAAGUACAUUAUUGGCACAAAUUCUUGGAAGCAUAUUCAAACAAUUAAUCCUCCUCAAGAAUGGAGUGUUGAAGCCAGUGUUUCUCUCUCUUGGAUAUCGUUCGGAGAAGCAGUUAGUCUUUGGAACGAUAGUUAUUUUGCAGUUGGGGCUCCAGGUACAGCCUGUUGGAAAUACAAGGAUACUAUCGAGAGAAGAAAGCGUUAUUGCGGUUCUGUAUUUAUCUAUAAGUGGGAAAAGGAGAAGUUGAAUUAUCACAUGGAAGUUCAACCUCAUGAUAUGGAAGGAGGUGAUGCAUUUGGGUCUUCUUUAGUGUCACUUUAUCCAUUUUCAUUGGCAGUUGGCGCUCCUAGACAAGAUUGCUACGACGGACAUCUCGCGAAGAGUAGUUGUGGAGCAGUUUAUUUAAUAGAUGGUACUCAAGAUAUUUUAUCUGCUAGACUCAAAAAUAUUCAAAGAUAUAAACCCGAUGUUCAACUAGGAAGUUUUGACCUGUUUGGUUUUGCAGUUGAAGCUCCCGAAAAUGGCAACUUCUUACUUGUUUCAGCUCCUGGUUCAUGGCAUGAAAGAGGUACUGUAUUCCUACUGAAGCGAGCAAGAGGUAGUUUUGCAUGGACAGAGAAGAAUCUUUCAAUGUCUCGUUGCUUAUGGAAGGAAAGUAGGCCGUUUUCCAAUUUGGGUUGGCAAAUUCGGUUGAUAAACUAUGGGGAACAGUAUUGGUUACUGGCUGGCGCUCCUUUUGCUCGCUUCCAAGAAGGAAGUGUCUAUAUUGUUCCGUUCCUAGAUUGAUGCACUUUGGAUUGCACUAACUACCUACACAAGUGGUAGGAUUCGUUUUAAUUUAAAUUCAUAGGAUACGAUAGGCGUGAAAGUUGGUUAAGAAAUCCCCACAGUGUUAGGUUUCAUAAAGAAUUACUUCUGACUUCGCAAAUGGC